GAGUGUGUCGGUGCCCGCGUGUGGGUCACGCCGUCUGGGGGGGCGGGACUCUGGGGCUCAGGAGUGUGCGCCAGCCUGCCAGCAAGGUCCUCGCCCUUCUUUCUGGUUGAACGUGGCGGCAGCUGGGUGUGGGUUCUCUGGGGCCCCUGCCUGGAGCUCAGCCUCUGGGCCCCUCUGCACACGUGCCCGUGUCCCCUUCAGCUGACGGCAUCAGGAGGCGGCUGCAGGGCGCCCGCCUGGCCAGCACCCCGGUGUUCACCCUCUUCAUUCAGUUGUUCCAGAUCGACACAGCUGGCUGCAUGGAGGUCGUUCGGGAGAGGAAGGCCCAGCCGCCCACCCUGCUCCAGGCUGGUGCCCGGGACUCGCCGCCGCUGCAGGUACCCUCGAGUGCCCGGAACACCCCAGGCUGCCUCCUCCAGAGCGUGCCGGCCCGAGGAGCUGCGAGGAAGAGCACCUGCCACGUGGGGAGCGGAGGGCCGCAGGCCUGCCGCGCGGAGUCCACGCCGCGGGCAGCCCCACAGGCUCCGUGCGGACCCCGGCCCAAGCCCAAAACCGUGUCUGAGCUGCUUCGGGAGAAGCGGCUGCGGGAGGCCCGAGCCAGGAAGGCUGCCCAGGGCCCUGUGGUCCUCCCGUCCCAGGGAACGCCACGCCCCGGACAGGCCUCUGCCCCCUCCUGCCCGGACGGUCCUGAUGACCUUGACGUGCUCCAGACCCGGCACGCCCGGCACGCCCGGAAGCGGAGGAGGCUGGAUUGAGCAGCACGCCGCCGGCCCCGGCUCCGCCAUGUCCGACUACGAGAACGAGGGCGAGUGCUGGAGCGCCCUGGAGGGCUUCCGGGUGAAGCUGGUCUCCACCAUCGACCCCGCCCGCCUCACGCCCUACCUGCGCCAGUGCAAGGUCCUGAGCCCCGACGACGAGGAGCAGGUGCUCAGCGACCCCAGCCUGGCCACCCGCAAGCGCAAAGUGGGCGUGCUCCUGGACAUCCUGCAGCGGACCGGCCACAAGGGCUACGUGGCGUUCCUGGAGAGCCUGGAGCUCUACUACCCGCAGCUGUACAGGAAGGUCACGGGCAAAGAGCCCACCCGCGUCUUCUCCGUGAUCAUCGACGCAUCCGGGGAGUCGGGCCUGAUGCAGCUGCUGAUGAGCGAGGUGAUGAAGCUGCAGAACAAGGUGCGGGACCUGACGGCACUGCUGGGCUCCGAGGGCGACCUCAUCAAGGAGCUGAGGGUGAAGGACGGCCUGCUGCGCAAGCACCAGGAGCGCGCGCAGAGGCUCAAGGAGGCCUGCGAGGUGGGCGGCCGCGAGCUCCAGCGCUGCAAGGACGAGAACUACGACCUGGCCCUGCGCCUGGCCCGCCAGAGCGAGGAGCGCGGCGCCGCGCUCAUGCGCAACCGCGACCUGCAGCUGGAGAUCGACAGGCUCAAGCACAGCCUCAUGAAGGCAGAGGACGACUGCUCGGUGGAACGCAAGCACACGCUGAAGCUCAAGCACGCCAUGGAGCAGCGGCCCAGCCAGGAGCUGCUGUGGGAGCUGCAACAGGAGAGGGCACUGCUGCAGGCGCGGGUGCAGGAGCUGGAGGCCUCCGUCCAGGAGGGGAAGCCGGACCAGAGCAGCCCCUACAUCCAGGUGCUGGAGGAGGACUGGCGGCAGGCGCAGAGGGACCUCCAGGAGCGGACCGCCACCGUCUUCUCCCUGCGCAAGGACCUGCGCCAGGCCGAGGCCCUGCGCGCCCGGUGCACGGAGGAGAAGGAGAUGUUCGAGCUGCAGUGCCUGGCCCUGCGGAAGGACUCCAAGAUGUACAAGGACCGCAUCGAGGCCAUCCUGCAGCAGAUGGAGGAGGUCGCCAUCGAGCGGGACCAGGCCAUCAUGACGCGGGAGGAGCUGCACACACAGCACGCCCGCAGCCUGCAGGACAAGGACGCGCUGCGGAAGCAGGUCCGCGAGCUGGGCGAGAAGGCGGACGAGCUCCAGCUGCAGCUGUUCCAGCGCGAGGGCCAGCUGCUGGCGGUGGAGGGCCGCCUCCGGUGGCAGCAGCUGGAGGCGUCCGUCCUGAGCUCCGACCUAGAAGACGGCUCACCGAGGAACUCCCAGGAGCUCUCGCUCCCCCAGGACCUAGAGGAGGAUGCCCAGCUCUCAGACAAAGGCAGCCCGGCCAUCGGGGAGAGCCCUCAGCAGCCCUCUGUGGCUCUGUGGAAGGAGCGGCUUUCACUGACCCCCAAGGACGCAGGCCUGAGCGGCGGGGAGCCCCCCGAGAAGGAGAAGGGGCGGCGGCGUCUCAAGGAGAGCUUCGAGAACUACCGCAGGAAGCGGGCCCUCAGGAAGAUGCAGCACGGCGCGAGGCAGGGGGAGGUGGACUGGGAGAAUACCACGGGCAGCGACAACACCGACACCGAGGGCUCCUAGCCGGCGCCCGUCGUGGGAGGAGGACACGGCGCCGCCCGGGACCUGGGAGCUGCCCCAGUCUGUGGGACCAGGUCCUCCAAGCGCAUCUCCAAGCUCGCCUAUCACCAGGGUGUGGUCAUCGUGACCUGCCCCUGCUGCCAGAACCACCACAUCAUCGCCGACAACCUGGGCUGGUUCUCG